CACGUUCAUGGAAGCGAACCGAAUUGCUCAUGCUAACCGAAUUGCUAGUGUGUACGUACGGUAAUAUUGAACCAGGCUCUCUUCAGGCUCAUUUGAUUGGCCUUCUCUUCUUGAUCGUUCUCCGUUGGUGAGAUGUGUAGUUUCUUCCCAGAUUGAAAUUGAUCAAUAACGAAAUUGGUGCAACGGUCGUUGCACUUUCUUUUGCCUUUGAUUUCAACCCUUUGACCGCCAUUUCGUCGCAAGCUUUUUGUCCCGGCCGAGGCACGCACCACCUCCCAACAAGCAAAACGGCUGUUUUACACAGAGGAAGCGAGAGGGAGGGGGAGUGGCGAUUGUGAUAACAGCUUGGAGUAGUAGAUUUAUCGAUUCAUCGAACGAUCAGCGUGAUAAACCACCGCGAAAGCGGAAUGUAACGAUGAUGCUACUAAUUUAAUUUCUCGUUGUUAGAAAUCUCCUCCCGACCCGCGGGUGGCGAUGUUGGUGGUGGUUCCCCGUUAUCUCCACACACGGGUGCGCGCGCGCGGCUUGCAAUCUCGUAUCGUGUGCGAUAAAAAAGAAUCUUGGAGAAAAGCAUUGGGCAGCAUGACGCUGCUGAUAUAGAUAACCCCACCCAACCCCUCUUCCCUCACCCACCGAAAAGCACAAGGCCGAAAUCAAACAGUGGGCCAAAAAGCGGACGGCUUCUGCUCGCUCAGUUAAGUCCAUCGCUUUGGACAGUGUGUACCUAGAUAUACACGGGACUGUCCAUCACGUUGCCGUCUUUAUGCACUGGUGCAAAGGUCCUAAUCCAUAUUACAUCGUUUCUAUCAUUCAAGCGAUAGUGUGUCACUGUGUCUGUGCGUGUGUGUAAAUGUGUUGCGAACGUCCUGCGAAUAACUCCCUCGGAGGAGUUUCGCCGCCGAUGUCCGCACAUACCCCCGGAUGGUUUUUGUCGCAGCCUACAGAUUGGACACCGUAUCGCGUACCACCGCCCCCGAGCAUGGAAGCAGCAGCCGCUGGCUUUGCCGACUGCUUCGGCAAUGGCGGCGGCGGCGGCCCGCACUUCAUGGGGGUCGUCGGGAAUGUUGGCGGUGGUAGUGGGACGGCUGGCGGUGGUGCGGUAACUGGUAUGUCACACCCGGCCACCGAUGGCACCGGUGCCGGCAGUGUACCUUUGGCGCCCGGCAGCGGCAGCGGUCCAACCACCGUCCAGUGGGUCCAGUCCGGCGGCGGUGGUGGUGGUGGUGGUGGUGCCAGCAAUGCAGCAACAGCGCGAGAGGAUCUGGGCGAUAUGGCGUUCUACAUGCCGAACUAUUCGCGCGAGGUGCUCAAGAUGAUGUUUAUGAUGCGGUCGCACCACAUGCUGACGGACGUGACGCUCGAGGUGGAGCAGGAAACGUUCCACGCGCACAAGGUCGUGCUGUCCGCGGCGAGCCCCUACUUCAAGGCCAUGUUCACCGGCGGCCUGAAGGAGUGCGAGAUGGCGCGCGUGAAGCUGCAGGGCGUCUGCCCGACCGCGAUGACGCGCAUCCUCUUCUUCAUGUACACCGGCCAGAUCCGGGUGACGGAGCUGACCGUGUGCCAGCUGCUGCCGGCCGCCACCAUGUUCCAGGUGCCGAAUGUGAUAGACGCUUGCUGUGACUUUCUCGAGCGGCAGCUCGACCCGACCAACGCGAUCGGCAUCGCGAACUUUGCCGAGCAGCAUGGCUGCGAGUCGCUCCGGCAAAAGGCGAACCAAUUCAUCGAGCGCAACUUUACCCAGAUUUGCCGCGAGGAGGAGUUCCUACAACUGUCUGUGAUGCAACUGAUAUGCCUGAUCCGGAAGGACGAGCUGAACGUGCAGGGCGAGCGGGACGUGUACGAUGCCGUGCUGAAGUGGGUAAAGUACGACGAGGACAACCGGUAUCCGAAGAUGGAGAGCAUCCUGUCCGCGGUGCGGUGCCAGCUGCUGACGCCCAGCUUCCUGAAGGAGCAGAUGAAGAACUGUGCCGUGCUGCGCCGGGCGCCCGGCUGUCGCGAGUAUCUGGCCAAGAUAUUCCACGACCUCACGCUGCACAAGCGGCCGGCGGUGCGGGAGCGGAAACCGAACACGACGCGCAUGAUCUUCGUGGCCGGCGGGUACUACAAACAUUCGCUCGACAUGCUGGAAGGCUACAACGUGGACGACAAGGUGUGGCUGACGCUGCCGAAGCUGACCGUGCCGCGGUCCGGGCUGGGGGCCGCCUUCCUCAAGGGCACGUUCUACGCGGUGGGCGGGCGGAACAAUUCCCCCGGCUCGUCCUACGACUCCGACUGGGUCGAUCGGUACAAUCCGGUCACGGAGCGGUGGCGCCCAUGCUCGCCGAUGUCGGUGCCCCGCAACCGGGUCGGGGUGGCCGUUAUGGAUGAGCUGCUGUACGCGGUGGGUGGCUCGUCCGGCUCGGACUACCACAAUACGGUCGAGUACUACGAUCCCGAAACUGACCGCUGGACGCUAGUGCAGCCGAUGCAAUCGAAGCGGCUCGGUGUGGGUGUGGCCGUCGUGAACCGGUUGCUGUACGCCAUCGGUGGGUUCGAUGGGAAAACACGGCUCGCCUCGGUCGAAUGCUACCAUCCGGAGAACAACGCCUGGACGCUGGUGCCACCGAUGCGGUACGGGCGCAGCGGGGCCGGCGUCGCAGCGCUGCACCAGUACAUCUACGUGGUCGGUGGGUUCGAUGGGACGCGCCAGCUGGCUUCGGUCGAACGGUACGACACGGAGCAACAGUGCUGGGAGAUGGUCGCGCCGGUCCGGAUCGCCCGCAGUGCCCUUUCGCUGACCGUGCUCGAUGGGCGGCUGUACGCGAUCGGCGGCUACGAUGGGCAGGACUUUCUCACCAUCGUCGAGGUGUACGACCCGGUGCGGGACGUUUGGGACGAGGGCACACCGCUCACGUCCGGGCGCAGUGGGCACGCGUCCGCCGUCAUCUACACACCGUCCUGCAUCUCCAGCUACAUGGAGGGGCUCAAUCUAGGCGGCGGUGAAGAGAAGCGUAGCGAUUCGGGCGAUGGCGGCGGCACUGGCCAACCUCAGCAACCACCACCGCCUCCAUCGUCAUCCUCAUCAUCACAGCAGGCAUCGGCACCGGCACCGCCAUCUUCAUCAUCAUCCUCAUCAUCAUCGGCACCGUCUUGUACGUCAGCGUCCGGAACACACGCUUCCUCCCGUCCGACAGACAGUGGCGAGGAGAUGACAGCUGGCAGCGGCGGCGGCGGGGGUGGUGCAUCCGACGGCCCGAUGGAAGCACAGGUAGUAGAAACAGAAGAGGAACCGUUUGCCAUGGAAACCGACUCUAGUCAAGAGGAAUGUGAUAAGGACGUCACUGUGAGCGAUGGCGAUGGGAUUCGAAGCAGCGCCGCCGUCCCACUGGAAGGUGCUCCGCCCCCCGACAUACCCCCGCCUGUGGCGCUGUCGCUGGCAGUGGUUGAACGUUGCCCCGUCGUGCGAUCGGCCGACCUGCUGCUACCCUCAUCGCGGCUGACGCGCCGCAUACUGUCCUGCCGGCAGCGGAGCAAGCGGUGCUCCGGAAAGGAACGAAGCAGCAGUGCCGCCUCCCCGUCGCCUUCGCGCUGUCCCAAACGGUCGUCGUCGUCGUCGGCACGGUACACGCUAACGCUUGCGCCUACGUCACGAAAGGAGGCGCCCAGUGGUUCAGCCGGAGCAGGAGGCGGUUGCAAGAGCAAGCGGAAGGCGGCGGGUGGUACCGCGACCGACGAUCACUGUCCGCUAGUGCGACUGAAAAAGCGCAUCACCUGUCUCGUGUCUGCCAUCGUGUCACCUACCUCCUCCUCGUCGUGUUCGUCGGCCGCGCUGCCAUCGCCGCCUGCCUUGUUAAGCGAAGAAUCGUCGUCGACGACGGCGACCAAUAGCAGUAGUAGUGAUAGCAACAGUGCGAAUAUAAACGACGAAAUAGUACCCACUGUGCCCGCAAUCGUAUUAUCCACCCCGCAUGAUCUAAGUGCCAUUGAUGCCCGACGAAUACCGGCAGUAUCGGCCGGGUGUUGCACUACCGCAAAGUUAUGACGUUUGUAAAAAUGCGCCGUUCGUCCUGCGUCCUUUUUCCGACAAACCUCCCCACCUGGCUGCGAGGAGAAGUAUUGCAAACAAGCAUCACAUUCGAGGAAAAGGCCUUAAAGAGAUGAAGGAAGAAAAACACACGCGAACCAACACAUCCCACUAAAUGCGCGAUAUGAACAUGUUAGCUGUCGAUCUAGAAUGAAUCUGAGUACCGCAAACUAACUAACCUUGGUAUUGUGGACGCACGGGUAUAGAUUACGCCACAAGUCAGCAUCGAAUGGAGUGAAGGAAGAGAGGGAAAAAAAGAAAGAGAGGAGCUAGAGAGAAUAGUAGAGUUGAUACUUCCAUGGACAUUCCUUUUCGGGGGUGGGGAGGGGUUCAAGUAAGAAAUCGAGGCAAAAUCAUCACCGAGCCUUAGCGCAUUUGUGCCAAGAUGUAUAUACCGAUAGGUAAGCAUACACACACACAUACCCGUGUACCCGUUUACUGCAAACAGUACGUUGCCGCGAUUCGAGUCAGACGAUGCGCUGUCCCGCAUAUUUGUUUGUUAGGGUUUGUAGUUGUUUUUAAACACACGUCACUUAUAGUGGACGCAAAAGUAAAGGGACGUGUUUUAAGCCUACGACACGUCGGCGACGGGACGAGGACACAGCCCUCAACAACCUUCCUUUCCGGUUUGUCUUAUACCAUGUAUAAGACCGGUACUAGUAGGAAACGCUUCGAAAUAAUCUCGCGUGUUCGGUUUUACGUGUAAAAAACGAUGUGUUGUAGUAAAAGAAACAAAAGAUUACCAGACCGGACCCCGCACGGCCGGUUCCCCAAAUACUGUUAGCGGUGCGUUUCAUUCUUUCCAUUUCCGCGUGUACAUAUGUGUAUGUAUUAAGCAGCGCCGAGGUUUCCCUGACUAGCGAUGAGCGGGAAAGACAUUGUGCUAGAAUUUUAAUUUUAUUACUAUUUUUUAAAAUAAACAAUCAAACAAAACUGUAA